AUGGCGUGUCCAUUCCCUUACACGUUCAUCUCCUGCCCGUGCGCAGACGCCUCCGUGCCCGAUCCCUCCAGGAAACGGAGGUCAAGAGAGUCGCCGCAUAAGGCCAGCCCUGUGAAGCCACGCCCACAGCCGGUGAUAUCUGAUGACGAGGACGAGGACGAACAGACAUUUGACCCGCGGGCGCCGCGGUCGAAUUUCUCGCUGUACCCGCCGGAGCAGCUCCUGUACUGCGAGGACUGCCACCAGAUCAAGUGCCCGCGAUGCAUCACGGAAGAGAUACUGUGCUGGUAUUGUCCGAGCUGUUUGUUUGAGACUCCAAGUAGUCUUGUACGAUAUGAAGGGAAUCGGUGCGGGCGGAACUGCUUCAAUUGCCCGAGCUGUACGGCGCCGCUUGCUGUUACGGCGCUGCAGGGUGAUCCUCCUUCCGGGGAGCAGGCAGGGCCGUGGGUGCUGUCUUGUAACUACUGCAUGUGGACAACGUUGGAUAUUGGGAUCAAGUUUGACAAGCCGACCAAUAUCCGUGCCCAGCUGUCCAAGUUGACGACCGAGCCGUCCUCCACGACCGCAUCUCGCUCUCGCGGGGCAUCACGCUCAUUCGGCGAUCUCAAGUCCCCCUUGUCCAUGUACUCGUCUAUCGAUGAGCAACUCCCGUCUGCUGGGACAAACCAACCCGGCGAGGAACAGCCUACAAACACCCAUACUCCGCGCACCCGCGAUGCCCGAUUCGCAGCCCUGAAAGCCUUCUAUAAAGACCAGAUGACCGCAACAAACACCACAGGUGUUGACCCAGGCGACUUCGCCGGCCAGUUCUCCUCCCCAAACACUCUUCAACGCUUCAUGGUCAUCUAUACCCAAUCGCGCCUCUUCACGCUCUACGGCACCCUGACACCAAGCGAGGGCCUCUUUAUUCCCAAUCGCCCCGAGUCUGAAGUUGCCAUCAUCCGCCGCCUCGCCUCAGACGACUGCGGCUGGGAUGGCGUCGCUUCAAUUGAACAACGCACCGCUCAGCCUCAAUCCUUCAGCGCGCGCUUCGUCGAAGACCUCCUUCCCCUCCCAACCCUUCUCCGCACCAAACGCUCAAAGCGAUGCAAAUCAUGCAAGCACAUCCUCGUCAAGCCGGAGUUCAAACCACAGUCUGUCCGCUACCGCAUCAAACUCAUUGCAAUCAGUUACAUCCCCCUCCCUACGCUCCGGCCGCUCGUUCUUCCCCCCUCAGCCUCCCAACCUCUCCCACCACCACCACCAGACCUCAACUCCCUUCAGCCACAAAAACCAAUUCAGCUCCUCCUCACGCUUAAGAAUCACAUGUUCGACCCCGUCCGGAUCACACUGGCAACUCCCUCCGUGACACCCGGCCGCGUUGCAUCAAAGGUCACAAUCCUGUGUCCGCAGUUCGAUAUCGGCGCUAAUAAAGACGCCUGGAGCGAAGCGCUUGAACCCGUCGCACCGCCCUAUGAAAGGGUAGCUGAGGCUGGAAAAGUGUGGGAGAAGGGCCGCAACUGGACGACGGUUGUGCUAGAGGUUGUGCCUGGUUCGUUGCCUGGUCUGGGCGCGAGACGGUCAGCUACUGGGACCGGCAGUAAUAGCGAUGAUGACGAUGACAAUGCUGAUAAUGACCCCGACGACAGCGAGGAUGCCGCUAAGGGUGUAUCAGGGCAGUUUGAUUGGAGCGGGCAGGCCUCUGACCCGUCGCAACAGAUCCAGCCUGAUGAGGAUGUCCUUGAGAUUCCAGUGUUUGUGCGCAUGGAGUGGGACUCAGAUAGUCCGAUGGAGUCAGAGGAAGGAGGGAAGGAUUCCUUGGGUGCUGCUGCUGGGCUUGGUGUUGGAGGAACGAAAAGAGAGUUGGCGUAUUGGAUGGUUCUCGGGGUUGGGCGGAUUGUCUCACUGUCUGCUGGCAGUUCCAGUUCUUCAUAA